UAAUUAUAAUGUAAACAUACUAAAUUUAAAUCUUAAAUCCGCCCUAUUGUAAUAGUACGGACAUUAAUUAUUAGCUAAUAAAUAAGAAUCCCAAAUCUCUAGUAGAAGAUUGUGUUAGAGACAGAUGACUAAGAAAAAAAAAAAAAAAGAAAGACGACUUGCAAGUUGCAAAUAAAAAAGACUUUGGAAGUUGUUACUUGUUAGUUGGGGCUUUGACUAUAAAAAUAUAAAUGACAAGAUAGACUAUUUAAAGUUGAGCUAAGUAAGAUCUGUUAUCAGUCAAUAUAUAGUUUGGGAGAACAUUAUAUUGAAGGAAGUGUUUCAAAAAAUGGUGCAAAAAACAGUGUUGAAGGUGGAUGUAUCUUGUGAAAGGUGCAAGCAAGAGGUUUUCGAAGUAGUGUCCAAGGUAGAAGGAGUGAACAAGAUCGAAGCUGACAUAGAGAAAGGAACAAUAGCAGUAAUAGGAGAUGCAGACCCAUAUGCUAUCAUUACACGUCUAAGAAAAGCAGGCAAAUCGGCCCAGUUUGUGACUGUUGGGCCUCCUCCAAAGCCUGAAGAGAAGAAGCCCGAUCCGAAAUGCCCAUAUCCAUACCCAUACUCGUACUCAUACCCAUAUCCGAAUGGUUUUUGUGAUGGCAGGCCCAUAGCUAUGAUGAGUUUGGAUUAUCAAGAUCCACCUCCACUUUGUUCUAUUAUGUGACCUCAAUUAUUUUCUGUCAUAUACUUUGCAUAUUAAUAUAUUAUGAUUACUUUUUUGUAAAAUUGUUUCAAUUGAUAAAUUUUAGCAAAAUGUAUAUGUACAUACUUGUUAAUGAAAGUUUGUUUGAAGUA